AUGGAUUUCCCCUCUUUUCCGCCGGAUCACAUCUGCUAUCGCCCCACUCGACGGGACACUCCAAUAGCGGUCGAUAUCCAUCUCAUAGAUGUCACUCUCACAGCUGCAAAUCGGCACCGAUUAUCGAGCAACAUCAGAAGGAGAACAGCCGAGAAUAUGAAGAUGAACACUGGCUCUUCGCACCUAAAGUGCACCAUCUACCUUCACGGUUGGUUGUGUCUGGAGCUUGUUCUAUUGGCCAGACGCGCCGGACCUCCGAAGCUUGAACAUGACAAUGAGGAUGACCUAGUUUCUGUCUGGUUAUCUGGUGUUUCCUGCCCAGAUUGUCUACAAGAUGGGGCCGAUCUCACGGAUCAAAAUACGCCACUCGAGCCCAUUAAUCCAGGAGACAAAGUCGAGAAUGUAUUGAAUUUCGCCUGCCCAACUAUUGUAGUACAACCUCCCAGGCGGAAUCGGUCAACUGCACAAUCUGGUACUGGUCUAGAUGGUCCCCAGAGUUCUGAAAGCGACAAACUUUCCAAAUUGUUACGAGAUGGGCUCAGUGACCUGAAAGAAUCAAGCCAAAGUGCAGAUCCGUCCACCGAUUCCCAUAAUCUCAAUUCCAAUACAUCCGGGUCUAUCGAUUGGGAUAGAGACUGGGAAAAGAGGAAACCUCGUCAGAAACAUGAAGUGUCAGAAGUUUCGAAUUCGAACCACGCCUACCGUACACACGUCAACGACCCUAUCGAGAUGGCUCGCGACAAUGGCAACGUUGAGAAUGGUAGCGGUAGUGAAGAUACAUCUGACAACAAGUCAUGUUCAUACCUAUCGCAACAUGAUGCACGAUUCCAUGCUAUCCAGAGAUACGCACUCAACUCAUGCCCGGAGCUUCAUCGACAAUUGGACGAUUUCGACAGAUCACUAUUCGAAUCAAAGGUUAUAGAAAAUCAAAAUCAAGACCAGAUAACCCAGCUGCGUUCCCAGCUCGAGAAGAAUCGACAUUGGCAUCAUUUUCAUAUCCGUAAUAUCGUUACGAGACAAUUCCGAUCUCUCGGCAAAAAGCUACGGCGCUCAGGUUCAUCCACCUUUACAAUCCGAUCAGACCUACCAGCACGCCGGGGUAGCAAGGAACGUCGACUCCUCGCUCGCGAGUCAGUAAAUAACUGGCCAUCAUCUGGUGAAGAGACUCCACUAUUCAACACUCCGGAAUCCAACGCUGCGGGUCUUCCCCAUAAUAUCAGACAUCACUUCGAUCCAUUGGCGAUGGCAAGUAUGAUGAUUGCUACGGGAGAACUGGACCGACUUUCAUCGAGACCAAGUUUCGAAAAAGCUUCUAAGACUUCCGGAUCUUCAACCGGGUUCUCAGGGAGCUCUCCGACUUCACAUACGCCAUACUACAGCGGUGCUAUGAGUCCUAAUGAAGAAAUGUCUCUAUCCGAACUAGCUGUGCUCGAAAUGCCUCUGACUAUCCCUUUUAAUACCCCCUCGUCGUCGAACCCACAGUCAGGUGUUGUAAGCCCGGUAUCAAGACCCUCGCAGAGGCGUGGACAGAGACGAAGAGGACAGCGCAGCCGCUUAUCGGAAGUGACAACCCCAGAUGAAAUCAAGUCACCAGCAGAGCCCGCUGAAGGCUUCAUCGAAGGCACUGCCUCCAUCUCGUCCACUCAGAUUGAGACCCUACUAGAAUGUUCACAUACUCCUGUAGGGGCUGAUGCCGGUUUAUGUCCUAAACCAUUAACAAUCAGCCGCAGUAACACUGGGCCACACGAAUAUGGGCUUGCGGAUGGCACGCGGGAGAUCCAAUGGACAUCCAGAUCCUCUACACCAAGUCCUCAUCGCAUCAUAUUAUUAGAUCGAUCCGGGAGCCCAAUACUUCAAAGUAGCCCAAGUUGGAGCACAGACGAGUCAAUUUCACCUCCAGCCCGGGUCUCAUCGAUCGGUAAGACACCUGAGUCUAUGUAUACACGCCUAAUACCUUUUACCGAUUCACCGGUCAAGUUUUUCGAACUUAGGACGCCAGCAUUUCCUGUAGACACAUGCGAUUCUGAUGUACCAUGUUCUACAGCUGAAACCCAGAACGAAAUCAUCACUCCGGAAGGUGAAGUUAUCUGGACGCGGGAUAGGGACAAUAUAAUCGAGGAUGCCGAUCCCGAUUCUUGUCAUCCGGAUACUUGGUCCGAGUCACAAGGUGAGCCGGGGAACUCGGAUCCUUUCUGUCCUCCUGAUUGUCUUGAGAGUCGGCACAGUAGUCAUUCAUAACUUAUGGAUAGAACAUUAACGGGGUUAUUUUUAUAUUAGGGGUUAACCAAAGAACGAUAUCUAUAGGAUGGUGAUAUUCGAGGAGUAAAAUGGCGUAAGAAUAUUGGUGAGCAAUCGCUACAGAUUCGCGUCUUGCUAAGUUGUGUAUUGGCGAUGGAAUUCGCCAUCGUACAUGGGGAUACAGAUAGAUAGGCUUAGAAUGAGCUAGAAAAUACCUAUAUAUCCUAUCAAAUUCAUGUGUAUCCAUAUGUAUCGUAUUAUAAAAUUCCCCAUGUCAAAGGCAGGGAGAGUGCCAAGUCACGAUUAAAAAAACACAUUUUAGGGGUUGACAAUUCCUUUCCUCUAUAUAAACACCUACUUAGGAAGCGCCACAAUCUCAUCC